CGUCCGCCGGGCCCCGCCUCCCCGCCUGCCGGUUGUCAGGACAACCGGCGCGACGCUGGCCCUGCGGCUGAGGCGUUAGAGGGGCGGCGCCGGGGCUCGGCCCGUGGGGGCCCGGGAGCAGCUGACCAUGGAGCCCCAAAAAAUCACGUCCUGUUCCAAGCCUCAUCCACCUGUCGUGGGCAAAGUGACUCAUCACAGCAUCGAAUUAUCCUGGGACCUGGAGAAGGCGGCGAAGCGGCAGGGGCCUCAGGAGCAGUGGCUUCGGUUUUCGGUCGAGGCAGAAGACCCCAAGCUGCACAGCUAUGGCACCGUUUACACGGGCUACGCAACGAAGCACGUGGUGGAAGGGCUGGAGCCGAGGACGCUGUACAGAUUCCGACUGAAGGUCACCAGUCCCUCUGGAGAAUUUGAGUAUAGUCCAGUCGUCUCAGUAUGCACAACCAGGGAACCCGUCAGCAGCGAGUGCUUCCACCGAGCUGUCACAGUGAACGACGAGGAUUUGCUUCUCCGGAUCCUUCAGGGAGGCCACAUUAAAGUGGAUGUUCCCAAUAAGUUCGGCUUCACUGCUCUGAUGGUUGCUGCCCAGAAAGGCUACACAAGCCUCGUGAAGAUCUUAGUUUCUAACGGCACCGAUGUGAAUCUGAGGAAUGGAAGUGGCAAGGACAGUCUGAUGCUCGCAUGCUAUGCGGGUCACCUCGAUGUUGUGCAGUAUCUCCGGAGACAUGGAGCUUCCUGGGAGGCCACCGACCUGGGCGGCUGCACGGCUCUGCACUGGGCUGCAGACGGAGGCCACUGCCACGUGAUCGAGUGGAUGAUAAAGGAUGGCUGUGAGGUGGACGCCGUGGACAGUGGUUCGGGCUGGACCCCGCUGAUGAGAGUCUCUGCUAUGUCUGGAAACCAGAGGGUGGCCUCUCUCCUCAUUGAGGCGGGGGCCGACGUGAAUGUCAAGGACAGAGACGGGAAGACGCCGCUCAUGGUGGCUGUGUUGAAUAAUCAUGAAGAGUUAGUUCAGUUACUGCUUGAACGAGGGGCAGAUGCAACGAUAAAAAAUGAGUUUGGCAAAGGCGUCCUAGAAAUGGCCCGAGUGUUUGACCGACAGAAUGUAAUCUCCUUAUUAGAAGACAGGAAGAAAAGGCAGCUGCCAAAGAAGUCAUCUGUCUGCUGACGAGAGCGCCACCUG